UGUCCUGGUGUCAAAGCAGAGCAGGCAGACACAGACGGAGGAAAAGCAUGGCUUUCAUGACUCCACUCUGUCUUCUGCUCCUGCUGCAAGGCUUCAGCCCUUUAAUGAGCUCCCCACAGAACGAGAAGCUUGGUCUCUUCACUACUCCAGGAGAUGUGAUGUCUUCAGGAUCAGGUGUGGCAUCUUGAGAACACAUGAGUGGUCGUCUGCGUCGCUCCACUCUGCUCCCUGAUGUCACUCACCUGGAACUGAUGGUGGUGGUAGGACCUGAUGUCCAGCAGGUCCAUAAGCAGGAUACAGAACGAUACAUCCUCACUAAUCUCAACAUUGCCUCUGAGCUGCUGAGGGACGUGACUCUGGGCGCCAACCUGAGGGUGCACUUGGUUCGCACGAUCAUCCUGUCAGAACCAGAGCCAGAGAUCCAACUGUCCUCCAACAUCAUGUCUUCCCUCAGAAGUGUGUGUGACUGGGGCCGAAGGAUCAACCCCCCCAACGACACAGACCCGCUGCACGCUGAUCUCCUGUUGUAUAUCACGAGGUUUGACCUGGAGCUGCCUGAUGGGAACAGGCAGGUCAGGGGAGUAACUCAGCUGGGAGGGGUUUGCUCUGAAGAGUGGAGCUGUGUGAUUACAGAGGACACGGGCUUUGACCUGGGCAUCACCAUCGCUCAUGAACUUGGUCACAGUUUUGGAAUCGACCAUGAUGGAGUCGGGAACACCUGCAGUCAGAGUGGCUUUAUGAUGGCCUCUGAUGGAGGCUACAACAGCGUGGAUCUGACCUGGUCCCCCUGCAGCAGGCAGCAGCUUCUCAUGUUCUUCAGUCAAGGUAAAGCAGCAUGUGUUGAAGAUCUGCCUGCACUGAGAGGCUCCCUGCAGGACUGGAAGCCCGGCCUGUAUUACGGUGUGGAUGACCAGUGUCGUAUAGCUUUUGGCAGCUCUGCAAGAGCCUGCACGUUCACCAACCCUGACCUGGCGGCUUGUCGUGUUCUGUCCUGUCACGUUGAGCCUGAUGAUGACAGCUCCUGCAAACGCCUCCUGGUUCCUCUGCUGGAUGGGACAGAAUGUGCUCCUGAUCAUUGGUGUCUUAAGGGCCGCUGCGUGUCCCCACAUGACUUCGGCUCCUCUGUUGUUGUCAAUGGCUCCUGGUCCAGCUGGUCCGAGUUCUCCUCCUGCUCACGGACGUGUGGUGGGGGGGUCACGCUCCGCACACGGCAAUGCAACAACCCAAGACCUGCUUUUGGAGGGAAGGACUGCGAGGGUCCAGAUACUGAAGCUGAACUUUGUCACCAGCAGCGUUGUGAGCACACCCAGCUGGACUUCAUGGCAGAACAGUGUUCUCAGACCAACCUCGACCCCCUCUACCUUCAACCAAAUACUGCCUCCUUCUACAAAUGGAUCCCUGCUCUUGGAUUUGUAAAAGGGGAUGAGCAGUGCAGAUAUAUGUGCCAGUCGGAUGGAGAAAACUUCAUAGUGAGCCGUGGCUCUCACUUUGUGGACGGGACUCGCUGCGAGUCCGACAGUCCUCCUCCUUUUGGCACAACGGCUGCUUGUCUGCAAGGCAGAUGUCGGCUGUUUGGAUGUGAUGGGGUGCUGCACUCUGGAAAAGUGCAGGAUGUUUGUGGGGUGUGUGACGGAGAUGGGUCGACCUGCAGUCUGACGUCUGACUCCUACAGUGGCGGUCAGGCCAAAGAAUAUAGCACAUUCCUCACGCUGCCAGUGAAUGCAACACAGGUUCAUUUAGUCAACAUGGCUCCUCUCUUCACUCAUUUGGCUGUAAUGGUCGGGGGUCGGUACAUUGUGUCCGGUUCAGGCAGCAUGGCUCUGAAUAUCACCCAUCCCUCCCCGCUGGAUGAAAACCAACUGGAGUACCGUCUCCACCUGACCCCUGACCUUUUACCCGAGAUGGAAGAGGUGAUGGUGCCUGGACCUCUGAAACAGGAGAUAAAUAUACAGAUCUAUCGCAAAUACGGAAAGGAAUACGGUGAAAAAACAAAUCCAAACAUCAGCUACUGGUUUUACAUACCUGUCAGGAACAGCAGCUGGAUGGAUGUUGCACCUGAAGGCAAAUGGGCUGUUUUCACCACACCUUGCUCCGUCUCUUGUGGAUCAGGUGUACAGAUGCAUGUGUUUGUCUGUGUAGACAAAAGUACCAACAACCAUUUGCAGCAGCACCACUGUACAGCACCUCCUCCAACUGCGCUCCUCCAAACAGCCUGCCAGCUCUCGGCCUGCCCCCCCAGGUGGGAUGCAGGACAGUUUGGAGCUUGUAGUGCCUCCUGUGGAGGGGGAGUUCGAGUACGUCCUGUACAAUGUGUCCAACAACAGGGAGCAGAUUUGGUACUGGUUCCAGAGUCUGAAUGUUCUCUUGAUACUGCUCCACACUCUGAUGAAAAGUGUAACCUGCACCACUGUCCAGCCAGAUGGCAUGUGUCAGAGCCAGGGAACUGUUCGGCCGUGUGUGGGCCAGGAGAGGCGAAACGCGUCGUGUCGUGUGUUCGGCAUGAAGAUGGUCAGGAUGUUGAAGUGGAUCAAAGCUUGUGUUUGACGCGGAUCAAACCAGCUGAUGUUGUGCCAUGUGUGGUGGACGUCUGCCCAGUUGGGUGGGAAUCUAAAAGAGAGGAGCUUCCUGUGUUGAAGUCUGGUUUGUUACCACGCUCCCGUCAGGCUCCUGUGUACGUGUGGAGUCCUGUUGUCAGUCAGUGUUCAAAGACUUGUGGCAACGGAACCCUACAGGUGUGGUUCUCCUGUGUGGAUCAUCAGACCAGACUGGGUGUUCCUGACUUUAAUUGUGAUGCUUCUACCAAACCUGACGCUCAGAUUGAGAUCUGUGGCACGUCCCCCUGCGCUGCAGUGUGGCGCUCUAAGCAAGGAGUCUGCAGUGUGACAUGUGGAGGAGGGGUGACAAACCGGGUGUUGUACUGUGCUGCAGAAGUGGAGGGAGAGGAGGAGGUGGUGGAUGACUCCAACUGCAGCAACUUUCCCAAACCCACAGCAGUGGUUUCCUGUAACACUCACAGCUGUCCUGCAAGGUGGAAGGUUGUCAGGACAUCCCCCUGCUCUGUCUCCUGUGACCUGGGUGUGGCUAAAAGGAAUGUGUCCUGUGUCCAAUUUAUCCACGGCAAAGAGAGUGUGGUGUUGGACGACAACUGCCGGGAAGCUGUCAAACCAGCCACUGUGGUACCCUGCCUGGUGAAAGUCUGCACCUACAGGUGGGAGGUGAAGCCAUGGAGCCAGUGUUCAGUACCCUGUGGAUAUGGUAUCCAGUCGAGAACCAUCUCCUGCAUGGGUCCGUCCAAGCCGGAGCCCCUCAGCCCCCUGUUUUGUAUGCACAUGCCCAAACCAAUCACCAUCCAGGGCUGUUACAGGGACAGCUGCAGCGAUGUGACCUCCGAGACCGCCACUACAAAAACAAGCCUAACGGAGACCCCUCUUCCAGCUCCAACCCAGGGCCAGAAAGAUACAUCACAUACCAACGGUACUCUUCCAACACCAACAGAAGUCGGAGCCACCACCACUCCCACCCCAACGCUCAAACCUAGUGCUUGUGGGCAGCUCCUUCUGGAAGAAUUUGGCACAGUGGAUUUGAAAGACGUACCCAGCCGAUGCACCGUAUCCAUCGGUCGACCCCUUGACGAGGUCAUCCACAUCAACAUCCUAUCCAGCUCCUUGAACUGCAGAAAAAAGGAGUACGUGGCGUUCUUUGAUCGUCUGGCUUUCGUGAGGAAGUGCGCGCAGGUAGCGGGCAGUGAACUGACAACCAGAACCAAUGUCCUGCUUGUGCGACAAACGCUGUUCACUCCUGGGAGUGGGGUGGUGUUUACCUACAGCUCACAGAAGAACAUGAAGAGGAGCCACUAUAAGGAUUGCGACAUUCAGUUAUUUUCCCCCAGCGGCGUUUUUGAGAAUCCGUCAACAUCGAACACAAGCCACACCUGCCGAGUGCUCAUCAAUGCUCCCCCCUCAGUGAAGAUCAGAAUCCAAGCCCUGCACAUAGGAUUAGUAUUCAACGCAACCAACUCCCAGUCUACAUACAUUAUGAUUCGGGAUAUGGACGUCUUAAAGACCAACGUGUUUAACGGCCGGCAGCUGUUCCUGUGGCACUCCUCUGGAAACAUGGCUGAGGUUGAAUUUCACGGAGACUACCUGCACAGCAAAGGGGCCUUCAGAGCUGAAUAUUCUUUCAUCAAUCGCUGAACAUGAAUUAUUAUAAGUCUGUUUGUGUAUUUGUAACAUUUCAUUAGCUCACAAUACUUAAAAUGCACUUUUAUUCUACUCU